AUGGGUCGCAAGAGGCUGUUGAUCAAGAGAAUUGACAACCCUUGUUCUCGUCAAAUAGCUUAUUCAAAACGCGGGAAAGGCAUUCUCAAGAAGGCCACUGAAUUAUCAACGUUAUAUGGUGCUGAUGUUGCCCUUUUGAUGUUUUCUCCUACAGGUCGAUUGACCAGCUAUACUCACAAGGGAAGGGUUUCACAAAUAGUUAAGCUGACGGUUUGGUCCUUGUCUGUGUUUCUGCUUUAUUUCAGACAUCUUGACAAUGAAGAGUUCUUGUACGAAAGCCUGAAACAUUUGAAGUAUGAAGCUGAAAUACUGGAUAAAAUAGAGAGUUAA